AUGGCUUGUAAACUAACCGUUUCAUCCAUCGAUGAGCUUAACUACAGAGAGUUUAUUGUAAGAUUUGGUAAUGUUGUAGAGGGAAACUCUCUUUGUGCGGCUGCUGUGUGGUCUAGAAGACCUUUCUCCUCCUUUGAAAACUUCGUGGGAACAAUGUGCCAGUUUAUUGAUGACCUUCCUAAAGAUGGAAAAGCAGGAAUUUUGCGAAGCUUUCUUGACCUUACAGCUCGCUGGGAGUCUCUGUCAUGCGACUCGCAAAGAGAACAAACAGAAACAGGCAUAAGACGACUGAUCAAAGACGAAGAAGUUCAGCGUCUGAAACACUAUUGCAACCUUUACAGGGAGAAAUUUGGAUUUACAUUUGUGACAUGCGCUCGCUUACUUGAUACCAAACAUUCUGUUUUGGAGCAGAUCCAAGAGCGUCUUAAAAAUAACGAAGAGCAAGAGUUAGAAACAGGAAUAGAAGAAGUAAAAAAGAUAAUGAUCCUGAGGGUGAAAGAUUUGGUGGAUGAUUGUCAAACUUCUAAACUAUAG